GUCAGAGAUUACUUUCAUAUUCCCCAUUGUCUUUUCUCAAAACUAAAUAUAUCCAAUUCCCCCAGUCUCUCACAAAACUAAGUUCCCAGUUCCAAUCAUAAAUCAUUUUGCUGAAAUAGGAAAAAACAGAAAGUUUAUAUUACCAUAAGAGAGAUCGUAGAGGUCGCAUAGUAUAUACAGAUAGUGCUGUAUAUCGCUUGUAAGAAUGGUAAAUAAACUAGAUUCAGUGCCUGGAAUGAUAGAGGUACAUAGGCAAGCUAUGAAAUUUCAUUUUAAUGUAUGCUGAUUAGCGUACAUUCAAAGUGACAAUAAAAUUAUUCUAAUCUAAUCUAAGAUCAUAGAUCCAUAGGUACCUCCUUGAAAUUUAUAGGCUUGCUUCUGACCUCAAUUGUAAAAAUCAGCAUCUUUAAUUUCCAAGUUAGGUUGAGAGAGGAAACAAAUAAAAUUGGAGUAAGCCUUCACCUAUGUAUGUUUGUUUGUGUAUGUACACAAAUAAAAACAUCUAGUAACUGCCCAAAGCCUGGAAAAUAUAGAAAGUAUGGCUCCAUCCACUUCUUUGAUAGACAGUAAUUCUGGAAAGUUUGUGAAUCCUUUCGAAUUUUCAAUAUGUCUGCAUAAACAUGAUCUGAAAUAAGAUCUGUUCUCACAAAUCCUAAAACUAGAUAGAAAAUCCAGUUAAACAAAUGAAUCAAAAACAUUGAGGAAAAAUUGAUCCAAAGCUACUUAUUUGCACAUGGAAGGAUUGAGGGCGGAAGAAGAAGGGGACGACGGAGAACGAGGUGGCUGGAUGGAGUCACUGAAGCGAUGGGCGUGAGUUUAGAUGGACUCCAGAGGAUGGUGGACAGGAAGGCCUGGAGGAAUGUUGUCCAUAGGGUCGCGAUGGGUCGGACACGACUUCGCAACUAACAACAACAACAAAAUACAAAACAAUUGGUAAAAUUGGAGAGGGGACAUUUUCUGAUGUUCUGAAGGUACAGAGUUUAAACAAUGGACGUUGCUAUGCUUGUAAACAAAUGAAACAGCAUUUUGAAAGCAUUGAUCAAGUGAAUAACCUGAGAGAAAUUCAAGCAUUAAGGCGAUUGAAUCCACAUCCAAAUAUCCUUACAUUGCAUGAAGUGAUUUUUGACAAGAAAGCUGGUGCUGUUGCAUUAAUAUGUGAACUUAUGGACAUGAAUAUUUAUGAAUUGAUCAAAGGAAGGAAAAAACCAUUGCCUGAAAAGAAAAUAACGAAUUAUAUGUACCAGUUAUGCAAAUCUCUUGAUCAUAUACACAGAAAUGGAAUAUUUCACAGAGAUGUGAAACCUGAAAACAUAUUAAUAAAGUUUCCACAGGCAAAGUCAAUAAGGAAACAGACUGAAAAUUGCAAGUUCCAGGCAGCUUGCAAGGAGGCUGGAGGGCAGCAAGAUCUUCUCAAGCUUGGAGAUUUUGGAUCCUGUAGGAGCAUACAUUCUAAGCAGCCGUAUACAGAAUAUAUCUCUACCCGCUGGUAUAGGGCACCUGAAUGUCUUCUUACAGAUGGUUACUACAGUUAUAAAAUGGAUAUCUGGAGUGCUGGCUGUGUGUUUUAUGAAAUUGCAAGUUUCCACCCGCUUUUUCCUGGAUCGAAUGAAUUGGACCAAAUAUCAAAAAUCCACGAUAUCAUAGGUACCCCACCUAAGAAGAUUCUUCAUAAGUUCAAACAGUCAAGAGUGAUGAGUUUUGACUUCCCCAUCAGAAAAGGAAAAGGAAUCUCUCCAUUUAUCCCCAACCUGUCCAAUAAGAGCCUGACACUUAUGUAUGCAAUGAUACAGUAUGAUCCCGAUGAGCGAAUCUGUGCUCAUGAAGCACUGCAACAUCCUUAUUUCAGAGAAUUAAGGUUGGCAGAGAAACAAGCUUUAACCAUACACCGAAAAAUGAGAUUAGUAGAAAAUCCAUUAGAAAGGGAUUCUCUUGGCUUGCGGCGUGUGUCAAAGGAGGAUCAAAGGCAGAACUUUUUUAGGCAAACCCAGGAGAAUCCACUGGGACAUCAUGGACUUCCCAAUGCAGUUGAGUUGCCAAAACUGACAGUUCCUGCUGUAACCAACCUGACUUCUUACCCUAAUCCUUCAUUUCAGUCAGUUUUUACCCUCCCAGCAUACAACAGACAAGUCCAGGUUUUGCAGCCUAUAACAUAUUUUGGGACACAUCGCAAGUCUGAAAAACAGAAGGAAUUUAAAUCUCCUAUGAAACAGUACCACCUGCCUGCUCUGGAAAGACGAGGUGGAAGAUUUUGAUGGAUCAAAACACUCAUGAGCUGUCUGGAUUUUUUGAAACAGUACACAAAUGGCAAUAGUGCCUUAUCACCUCAAAUGCUGCAGCAAGAAGCUACAAUAAUCAUUCUUCAGGACUUACCCUUUUUUUUUUACAAGCCAACAAUGUAACCACCAUUUUUAUAGCUCAGAAUGCACUUUGAUUUUUUUAAAGGAGUUCCUAUUUUUUUUAAGUUUUCUUCUAUGGUGAUCAUAUAUUUAACGGUGUUGCGCUGGCAGGAGUGAAUUGUUCCAACUUUUAUACUAAAUGCUACAUUGUGUUUAUAUACAUAUACAUACACAUAUACAUACAUACGUGUGUGUGUGUGUGUGUGUGUGUGUGUGAAUUUCUGGGGAAGGGGUUGUACAUGUGACCAUAGGGAUAAUCAGAGCCAAUUUUCUUUAUCAUUUAGAAACAUCAAAAUUUAAAUAUAACCUAGUAUAAAAAUUUGUGUUCUCAAAUAAAUAAUAUAAAUUAGCAGGUCUUUGUAUGGAUGGUGGAUGAAAAAGAUCAGUUAUUACUCAAUAUUCCCUUGUAUGGAACACUAUAAGUAAGCUUUUGGUAGAUGUAUAUUGUCACACUGGCAUAGUUCAAUGUAGAAUGUUACACAUUUGUUUUGAAAAGGCCAUGAUGUUUGAAACUCUUGUGCUGGAGGAAAUAAUCCUGUCUAAAGGGCAUUUAAGUUAGCUUUUAUAGUGGUAUCAGUAAAAUACAUUUAUUAAAGGACUAAGAAGAUUUUUAUAGAUUAUGAGAUCAAGUACCAUGUCCUCUCACAAAGAACUGUCAAAUACCAUUACUCUGUAACAAGAAAAAAAAAACGAUGUACUGCACUAGAGUAAAAAAUAUUGAUACUGUAUAACAGUUGCACCUUAAAUAACAGCCAAAUAGCAAUGCUUCAAUAAAGUGGCAAAAAGAUAA